AUGAAUCCGACAUAUCCCACAAUCACAAUUGAUUUGGUCCUAGACCGCCUCACUGCGAAGGAGGCUCUUCGUGCCGUCUUGCAUUCUGUUCUAUUUCAUCGCCUGUUCGGAACCGUCAAAGAACAGUCUCAUGAAGUGCUCGACGUCACUAUGCCAGGCAUAGAUGAUCCAGAGAUGAAACAGCUAAUCGAAGAAAAAGUGGAUGCAUUUUGGAAGGGCAUUGAAGGUGGCAUAAGCAAGCGUGGUCAAAUUAUAGUUACGUUCUCCGAGAAGCGACCCCGAAAAACAUGGUUCAUUAUGGGCGAGGAAGAGAUUCCUUGGGAACAGUGGUAUGCGUAUGGUCUCCGUGCAAGUUGUCAUCUCACUUUUGGCGGGAACUGUAGGAUCAUUAACGCAGAGAUGCGGCAGCCUGUCCAGGACAAGGACCGGCAGAUAUUCAAUGGAGAGCUCGCGUCGGUCCUCACGAAGAGCCUGGAGACAAUGUUGAACUAUGCUUCUUCCGAGCGAGGCCGUUCCGCAGUCCCUAUAAUCACCAACGCCAACGGCAUAUCUCCAUUUCCAAUCAAGAUCACUGUCAAGAUCAAGGGCGUGGAGGUAGGGUGA